AUGGCUACCCUCAAACUCGCAGCAGGCUAUGCCAUCGACGCAAGUCCAAUUGCUGCACCUUCUCACAGCCCAUUUGUAGCCGCGUCUGUCUCUCCGCUGAGCUCAAGCUCCACCACCGUCUCUGUCAAACUGGACCAGCAGGCGCCGUUCAAAGCUAUCAAGGCCCUUUUCGAUCACCUCAAGGCCAAUCCCGAAGAUGCCACCAAGCUCAGCGGAACUUACUCUGACUAUGGAACCUUUUCCAUAAUCUUCCAGGACGGUGUCUCUGGCCUCGAGCUCGAAGAAGCACCCGGCGUCUGGGUCCCGGCUCCCGGAGACGCGAACGUCAUUUUGACAGGGUGGUGUGUCGUUGUCCUGAGCGGGGGUCGAAUAUCUGCUGCGAAGCACCGUGUUCGUCGUAUGCCCGGUCCGAUGGAUACCCGGUCCCCGACACGGGAUUUCUCUGAUACUAUCGUGCGGGGUAAUAUGACUGUUGAGACUUUCAAGGAGGUCAUGGGCAAGAGAUGGGGAUACAGAGAAGGAAAUGAGGUUAUGGCUUAUGGUGAUGCUGCCUCGCAGGAUAGUGAUAUUGAGCGCCUUAUUUGGGCUUAUAUGAGCGGCGGCAGGGGGGUUUCUUCAGCCUCUGGCUAUGGACGAUAG